GGCUUAUCGCAUGUUUGCUUCACGCAAGCAGCUAAAUUAGAAGAAGAGGGGUAAUUGUGGUGUUGUUUUGCUCCCUCGCGUGGCUUUAAAGUCUUCUUCCUCUAAGCGUUUUUUUAAAAAUCCGCCAUUAAAAUAUAUAACACCCCAUCAUCACCAAACCCUAAAAAGGAAGUCCCUGUACUUUCCUCUCCUCCUCCUCCUCCUCCUCCUCUUCUUCUUCUUCUUCUUCUUCACCUUUUUUCAACUUGAAAACAAACCCUAAUUAUGGGACCUAUUCAAUUACUUUAAAACUUGAAAAAAGUUUGGUUCUAAAAAGAGUAAUAUUUUUUUCCAAGAUCAUGAGUGCAAACACUUGUAGUAGCGGCGGUGCCGCUGGUAGUUCGACUGGCGGUGCUGUUGGUGGUGGUGGUGGUGGACCUUGUGGCGCGUGUAAAUUUUUGAGGAGGAAAUGUGUUCCGGGUUGUAUAUUUGCACCGUAUUUCGAUUCGGAACAAGGUGCGGCUCAUUUCGCGGCGGUUCAUAAGGUGUUUGGUGCUAGUAAUGUGUCGAAGCUGUUACUUCAUAUCCCGGUUCAUAAACGGCUUGAUGCGGUGGUUACUAUAUGUUACGAGGCUCAAGCUCGGCUGAGAGACCCUGUUUACGGUUGCGUCGCUCAUAUCUUUGCACUUCAACAACAGGUUGUGAAUUUACAAGCAGAGCUAUCGUAUUUACAAGCCCAUUUAGCUACACUAGAGCUUCCAUCGCCGCCACUUCCUUCUCCUCCUCCACCGCCGCCACAACAAACACUAAUGGAACCGCCACCUCUCUCAAUAUCAGACCUCCCACCAGCCACUUACGACUUAUCCACACUUUUUGAUCCAAUGGUGCAACCUUCAUGGGCCAUGCAACAAAGACAAAUCAACCAGUUCGACUCGUCAUCGCUUGGAAGCGGCGAUCUUCAAGCAUUGGCUCGAGAACUCCUCCAUCGAAAAGGGUCACCACCGCGACUACCGGCUUCACCGUCACCAUCUUUCUCAAAGUGAGACUGACCCCUUUUUAAUUUUGCUUGCCUUGGGAAAUUAUUACCAUGUGACCCAUAUAUAUAUAUAUAUAUAUAUAUAUAUAUAUACACCUAGCUUUAUCCAAGCAAGGGAGCUUAAAUUUUCAUGUUAUAUAUUUCAUUGGGCAAGUAACCUUAAUAACUAAUUAAUCUUUCAUUUUUAAUUUUGUUUC